AGUUUUACUUGCUUUAAUGGUUCCCGUUGUUUUUCCGACCUUUCUUCCUGGCGCUGGCUCAGAUCCGAACAUUCUGGAGUUGUGUAAGAAUAUGCUUUUUGCCAGUCGUCACAAAGAGUGUACAACUGCCUCGGAGCUUCUUCAUAAAGUCGUGGCACUUAAAUGCAUUCAGAAUCACCACACAAUGAGCGUCCCAAGCACAAGUCACCCGGCAUCUUCAACUCCAUCGCUGGCAACAGCAUCUCAGAAUUUUUCCUCACACUUACCUGCUUCAUAUUCAGCAGAUCUUUUCGAAAAUAUUGAGAACAAUGAGCAUAAAGCAAUUUCUGGAGCUCCGAUAUUUUUUAAUUCGAUCACUGCGGUGCUCAAAAACCUUGCAAAAGCUGGUGUAGAUCCGAUUGUCGCUGAAAAUAUUGCCCUGGACCGACUAUACUCACAAGAUGCGAAUCCUCUCUGCGAUUUUUCGCAUCCAAUGUUCAAUGGAGAACAGAGAGAUAUAGUUGUAAAGGAUAUUUUGAGAAAACUUCAUGAUCACGAAAAUUUCACGAUUGAUGGAGCACCGUAUCCAUUUGACAUCAAAUCUGCACUUCGUUAUUCAGAGCAUCUUCAUUCUCAGAUCCCUCCAUUAGAAACCAUCAGCCCACAGCAUCUUGCACACGAACAGUCAAUUACCCUUGCAGCAUUGGCAAGGUUUAUGGCGAUGCGUGAAAUGAACUUAUACUUAAUCGCAAUGUUUUCAUUGGAAAAUAAUAAUAUCGAAGAACGCGUCUAUCAUUCGGCAUUAUUCUGGACAUACCGUGAAGCAUUCAAAUCGUUCUACUAUCCGAAAAUGCCCGCUCCAAUUCCUCCACAAUUUCAGUUGACGCCAUCAGAACGACAAAUUCUCCGUCGUUAUUGGAACGCAGGAAAUCGACAUGUAACUACAACAGAAUGCAUUUUUCUAGCAAGAAGAUGCCCGAGCUUGGCGCCAUUCCAAGUGUACGGGUUUUUUGAUAAGCGUCGUAGAAGAGAAUAUAAUAAAUAUCGUGGCUUGAAAGACGAUGAAACUUUGGCUCUGGAGACCACUCAAGUCUGGAAAAAGCUGAGAGAGCUGAAAGGAGGCAUUGAUGAUGAUGAGAGUGAUGAGGACGAUGAGUUGUUAAUUCAGAGAGAAUUUCUUUCGAAAGAUGAUAAUAAGAAACUGGAACUCUUGUGGCAAGUUGGCCAUCGAAAGCCGAGUCGUAACGAGUGUGAGAUUCUUGCUGCUGAAAUGCAAAUGGACAAUGGAGAGCAGAUAUUUGCUUACUUCGAAGACCGCCGUUGGCAUGACGAAUAUCAAAACCGAAAGCGAUCAUGCUCCUCAAGAAGAUAAUAACUUCCGCCGAAUUUCCAUAUACUCUUUUCAUUGUUUAUUACAUUGGCAAUAACAUUUCACCCCCGAACUGUGUUCACUGGACACAUAUCUUUAACUUUUCCGAUGUGUACAUCACCUUUUUAAUGAUCUUCACCUUCUUCUUGCUUUCCCCCGUUUUUUUAAGAAAUGUAGUACGUUGAUUUUUAUAGAACUAGAAGGCUUGAUGCUUUUUUUUAACUCCGUGAAUGGGAAUUAAAUUAAAAUAAAGUUCUUGAUUGUG